UUUUUCUUUUCUCUGAAGUCUGAACUAUCAAUCACUAAACCCUAACAUCCAAACACAAUCACUCGUAACUCUCUCUCUCUCUCUCUCUCUGCAGUUCCAAUUGGGAGCAACAAUGGCGGGCGGAAAGGCGAGGAAAGAGAAACCGAAGCCGAACGCAGCAGCGCACGCUCCGUACCAAGGAGGCAUAUCCUUCCACAAGUCGAAGGGACAGCACAUUCUCAAGAACCCUCAGCUCGUCGACUCCAUCGUCCAGAAAGCCGGCAUCAAGACUACCGACACCAUCCUCGAGAUCGGUCCUGGUACCGGAAACCUUACGAAGAAGCUUCUAGAAGCCGGCAAGGCGGUCAUCGCCGUCGAGGUCGACCCUCGUAUGGUCCUCGAGUUGCAGCGGCGCUUCCAGGGCACUCCUCUCUCCAAUCGGUUGAAGGUUAUCAAAGGAGAUGUGCUGAAAACUGACCUUCCCUAUUUCGAUAUAUGUGUGGCAAACAUUCCUUAUCAAAUCUCGUCACCACUUACCUUCAAGUUGCUAAACCACCAGCCUUCCUUCAGGUGUGCCAUCAUCAUGUUCCAGAGGGAAUUCGCAAUGAGACUGGUGGCCCAGCCUGGGGACAAGGUCUACUGCCGUCUUACUGUGAACACCCAACUGCUUGCCCGAGUCUCGCACCUCCUUAAAGUCGGAAAGAAUAACUUCCGCUCUCCCCCGAAAGUGGAUUCCUCUGUGGUUCGAAUUGAGCCAAGGAAACCCCGGAUUGAAGUGAAGCAAAAAGAGUGGGAUGGAUUUCUCCGGAUAUGCUUCAACCGUAAGAACAAGACUCUUGGUUCAAUCUUUAGGCAGAAGAGUGUCGUUACUUUACUGGAGAAGAACUACAAGACAGUACAGGCACUGAAGCUCUCAGGACAAGGUUUGAUGGAGGAUAAUGAUAAUAAGAUGGACUUUUCAAGACUCGGGGACAACAAUGAAGACCUAAAUAUGGAUGUGGAUGAUGAUGAUGAUGGAGCAGAAGAAGAAAUGGAAGUGGAGGAUGGUGAUGUAGAAGGGGAGCCAUCUGAAUUCAAAGACAAGGUUUUGGCCGUGUUGAAGGAGGGCGAUUUUGAAGAGAAGAGAUCGUCCAAGCUCACCCUACAGGAAUUCUUGUAUCUGCUUUCUUUGUUCAACAAGGCUGGCAUACACUUCUCCUGAUUUUGCAUCAUGCGCCCAAUUUUGUUCGCUCAGUUAGCGUUUUUUGUUGUCUCUUUCUUUAUUUAUUUGUUUCAACAAUGUUGUAAAAGUUAUUAUUAUAGAAUGCGUUUGCAAUAGUAA